AUGAUCACCACAUACACAGCUUCUCAGCUUUCCGUCUUUGCGAUUGCUUGUAAAAUCGAGAGUAAUUUGGCUAGAAAAAUAACAAUCCGCGCAUCCGUCUCAAGGUGUCCGCAACAGGGCGCCAUAUUUUCGACAUGUUACAGUGAUUCCAUCGCAACUCCAAAACGCCGACAAAUGAUCAUGGUAUCGGUGGGUAAUCGUAGGCUCGAGCCGAAACGGCAGCGCAAAACGCAGCGCUUCUCCAGCGUGAGGUGA